AUGCUCCUUGGGGCAUCGGCCGCGAUUUCCGCCCUCACUGGCAUGCACGUGGUAGCAUCUAUCUUCCUUCUUCCUCUGGGCGUAUGCUUAUACACGAUCAGCGGUGGUCUCCGUGCCACUUUUGUCACGGACUGGGCGCACACAGUAGCCCUUUUCAUUAUCGUUCUUUACCUUGCCCUCAAAACAAUGACUAGCUCACAAAUUGGCUCGUUGCAUGACUUAUGGAACACCGUCAACGAUGCCGCACUCAAAACUCCAGUCCCUGGUAAUUAUAAAGGGUCCUACUUGACUAUGACCUCUCCGAGUGCUGUCGAGUUUGGAAUUUUACAUACGCUCGGCAACUUUGGUCUCGUUAUUAUGGAUUCUUCGUACUGGCAGAAAGCCUACUCGGCCAAUGUAGCUGCUGCGGUGCCAGGCUACUUGGUAGGGGGGGUUAUCUACUUUGGUUUGCCGUGGUGUUUAGGAAGCGUGAUGGGUAUUGGGUCUUUGGCCCUUCAAAACUUUCCGUCUUGGCCUGCUUAUGGACGCGAACUCUCAACGAACGAGUUAAACGCAGGGCUCAUCUUGCCUUAUGCCAGCAUGGCCGUAGCAGGAAAGGCAGGUGCUGUGGCCGUCGUUAUCGUCAUAUUUAUGGCAGUUACGUCUACCAUGUCGGCAGAGCUUAUUGCUGUGUCUAGCAUUGUUUCGAGUGAUGUGUAUCACACGUAUUUGAAGCGCAACGCUACUGGAAAGCAGAUUAUGUGGGUAUCGCAUUUGGCCUGUAUUGGAUUCGCCAUCAUCAGCUGCGCUGUGUCCAUUGCAGUAAAUUACGCUGGCGUCUCCUUGACUUGGACACUGUACUUUUUGGGCGUAAUUACAUGCCCCGGUAUGAUCACUAUGCCUCUAACAGUGCUUUGGAGUCGUCAGUCUAAGGUGGCAGCGAUUGUGUCACCGCUACUGGGCAUGGCGGGUGGCUUGGCCACAUGGAUUUCCACCGCAAAGCAUUAUGGACAUGGGGUCGUCUCUGUUGAGACAACGGGACUGCUUCUCCCUUGCCUAUGGGGCUCUCUCGUAUCCACCAUUGUUCCGGCCAUCUUUACCGUGAUACUUUCCCUUUUAUUUCCCAGCCCCCCCUUCCAAUGGACCAAGUUUCAAAACAUUGAACUGAUUGAUGACACCACCCCUACGUCAUUUGACUUUGAAGAAAAAGCGAUCACUGAGUCGCCUGUGGACUUUGAAUUUCCAAACGAUCUUCAGUCCCCACCCAUCCACACUGUCCAUGAAGAAAAGUAUAUGCGGAAGAUGUCGAUCGUUUCAGGGGUAGCAGGCGCUCUUGCCUUUGUUGUGGUGUGGAUCAUCUGGCCAUUCUCGAUGUAUGGGAGUCGUUUCAUUUUCCAACCAAAAUUCUUCAGCGGUUGGCUAGUGGUGUCGGUAAUUUGGGUGUUUAUGGGGCUUCUGGUCAUCCUGGUUCUGCCUCCCCUGGACGGUAGGCGGCAGAUCAUGACUAUUGCCAAAGGUUUAUUUGGACGCGAGUAA